UUUGCACAGGUAUUUCCGUAUCUAUAGACAAGAUGGAAUCGACUCCAUUUAAUAGACGGCAGUGGGCAUCAAUGUCAUUGAGGGUGACGGCCAAAGAACUUUCUCUCGUCAACAAGAACAAGUCGUCGGCUAUUGUAGAAAUAUUCUCCAAGUACCAGAAAGCAGCUGAAGAAGCAAAUAUGGAAAAGAGGAGAAAUAACACUGAAAAUCUCCCCCAGCACUUUAGAAGGGGGACCCUGACUGUGCUAAAACAGAAGUGGGAAAGCCCAGAGCUUGGAGCUGAGUCGCACACAAACUCUCUGAGAAGCAGCAACACUGAGAUUAGGCACAGAGUGGACCAUCCUCCCACAGCAGUGGCAAGCAAUUCCACGUCUAGAGCUGAAGCAGACCAAGUGGAACGAGGCCACCCCAGAUCAAGAUUGGGCUUACCCUCUGAAGCCCUCACUCAGUGCCUGUAUCCCUGCACCGAGGACAGUGAAGAACUUCAAGACCAAUUAUCAGCAAGUGAAAAAAUGGAAAGUUGUCUGGGAGAAUCUAGGCAUGAAGUAGGAAAACCUGAAAUCAGUGAAAACACAGACGCUGCAGGCAAAAUAGAAAAAUAUAAUGUUCCGCUGAACAGACUUAAGAUGAUGUUUGAGAAAGGUGAAUCAACUCAAACCAAGAUUCUUCAAGCCCAGAGCCGAAGUGCAGGUGGAAGGAGAAUCUCUGAAAACAGCUGUUCUCUAGAUGACUUGGAAAUAGGUCCAGGGCAUUUGACAUCGUCUGCAUUCAACUCUGAGAAAGGUGAGAGUAGGCGAAAUGUGGAGCUCCCACGCCUGUCAGAAACCUCCAUAAAGGAUCGAAUGGCCAAGUACCAGGCAGCUGUGUCCAAACAAAGCAGCUCAACCCAGUCUACAAAUGACUUGAGAGCUAGCGGUGGUGAAUUCAAAACUCAUAAAUUGGAACAAAAGGAGAAUGUGCCCCCAGGCCCUGAGGUCUUCAUCUCUCAUCAGGAUGGAGAAAAGGUUUCUGCAAUCGAGAAUAGCCUGGCAUUCCGUUCCUCCCCUGCUGAAGAUGACUCCUGUAACUCCCAGGUUAAGAGUGAGAUCCAGCAGUCUGCCCUUCCCAAGCAGCUAAGUCCAGAAGCCAGAACCUCCAGCCUUUCUGAAAGUUCUCCACCAAAGGCAGCGAAGAAGUUUCAGGCACCCGUGAGAGAGACCUGUGUGGAAUGUCAGAAGACAGUCUACCCGAUGGAGCGGCUCUUGGCCAAUCAGCAGGUGUUUCACAUCAGCUGCUUCCGUUGCUCCUAUUGCAACAACAAACUUAGUCUAGGAACUUAUGCAUCUUUACAUGGAAGAAUCUAUUGCAAGCCUCACUUCAAUCAGCUCUUUAAAUCUAAAGGCAACUAUGAUGAAGGCUUUGGGCACAGACCACACAAGGAUCUGUGGGCAACCAAAAAUGAAAGUGAAGAGACUUUGGAGAGACCAGCUCAGCUUUCUAACGAAGGAGAGGUUCAUCAGAGCCCAGGAGUGGAAGAUGCUCCCAUUGCUAAGGUGGGUGUGCUGGCUGCAAGUAUGGAAGCUAAGGCUUCCUCUCAACGGGAGAAGGAAGACAAGCCUGCUGAAACCAAGAAGUUGAGGAUUGCUUGGCCACCCCCAACUGAACUUGGCAGUUCAGCAAGUGCUUUGGAGGAAGGGAUCAAAGUGUCCAAGCCCAAAUGGCCUCCUGAGGAUGAAAGCAGUAAGCCUGAAGCUCUUGAGGAUGUAGAUCUGGAUCUGAAGAAGCUAAGACGAUCCUCUUCACUGAAGGAAAGAAGCCGCCCGUUCACUGUAGCUGCUUCAUUUCGAACCACUUCUGUCAAGAGCCCUAAAACCUUGUCCCCUCCUAUUAGGAAAGGCUGGAGCAUGUCAGAGCAAACUGAGGAAUCUGCAGGAGGAAUAGCAGUUGAAAAGAAACAAGUGGAAAAUGUCAAAGCCUCAGAGAAGAAUGGGAGUGUAGAAGAAGCUACCUGGCAAAGCAAGGAAUCUGAAAGAAGAGAGACAGGGAGGAGAAGUAAGGAAGUUCAUAGUUUUGAGACAAAGAGUGAGAAUCUUGUAGAAAAUGGUGCAAAUGUAGAUGAAGAUGAUGGGACCUUCCUCAAACAGCAGUCUCCGAUAGAACCUAAGUCCCCAAAUUGGUCUAGCUUUGUAGAUAACACCACCACCAAAGAAUUCACUACUCAGAAUCAGAAAUCCCAGGAUGUAGGAUUCUGGGAGGGAGAAGUGGUAAAAGAGCUGUCUGUGGAAGAACAGAUCAAAAGAAAUCGGUACUAUGAUGAAGAAGAGGAUGAGGAAUGAUAAAUUGCAAUGGUGCUGGGCCUUAAAUUGGUGUUAGUGUUAGUGAGCCUCUACCCUUUUAUCAAAGUGAUGCACAUAAACGGUAUCUUAACUUGAUCUAUAAUUCAUGUGGAAGUAACUUUGGAAAAGAGGUCCUCUUCAAAA